AUGGAAACAAGACGAUGUGCAGUGGAGCAGCCAAUCCGCGAACUUGAGCAAGGCUACCUUAAAAACUAUGUGGAAGUUUCUAGAUUACUGGCCCUAGAAAACGAAGAUCCUCUAAUAGUUGUGAGAAAUCUAGCAAACAAGUUAAACAUCGAUGACCCAGAAGUGUUAACUGCCAAACGUGUAGGAAGCUACGGAGAAAAACCAAGAUAUAUUCCGGUGAGGUGA